GGUGAGGAAGAUGAAGAAAGUCCGUCAGCUGUGGAUAUUAGCGCAUCGGAGAAAAAACGACGCAAAAUCCGGAAGAAAUAUGGUAUUGACAAGAAGAACGAAGAGUUUUUCCAAAGAAAAACCGUAGACGUCGAGGCUGAAGAAUUUGAAAACGUGAACGCGAAGUUCCGACCAGCAGCAACGAAAAUGCGUAAGGCAAAACUGAGAUGGAAAACUGUAGAUAAAUCACCUCCACCGUCCUCGCGUGAAGUGGCGAAAACAGAAAAGUUUUCAGCGGAUGGCCCUAUUGCUGAUGACAUGAUCCCCGAAAGAGAAGACACAUCGUCCUUACUUCAGGAAGACAUCGACUCUACACAGCAAAGUUUAGAGGAAUCAAAACCACCAACGGUGAAAAAUAUAAUAGUAAACACAGUUCAUCUUGCAGAAUUUAGAGAGGAUGUCUAUAGUUGUUACUGA